AUGAAAGUUGUUUAAAGUUUUUAAAAUAUAGAUUUGUUUGGUACUCAAAUUGGAAUCUAGUAUAAUAAGAAACAUAGCUUUAAUACCAAACUUGGAGGGUUCAUCACAUUUGGUUUAAGCGCCAUUCUCAUUUUGUAUAUAAUGAAUAUAGUUUAAGUCUACUUUUCACACUCUUAAGUGUCAGUGAUUCAAGAAAUUCAAAAUAUGCCUAACUCUAAAUAGUUUAACCUGAGUGCAAAUAAUUUUUCCUUUAUGGUUGGAAUCACAGAUGUAUACUAUAAUUAGUUUAUUGAUGAUUCUGUUUACACCUUGACCGUCAAGUAAAACAUUCAAUAAAAACUGCUAAAUUAAACGACUGGAAAGUAUUAGACAAAGUAAACAACUAAUAAUCUUAAACUUUAAAGAUGUACAGAAAAUCAUUUUUAAAUUCAAAAAACUUAAGACUACUUUUUGCAAUAAGAUUAUAAAAAUUUCUAUUGCUUAUCACUCGAUGAAUAAUUAUAAUUGUAAGGCAUUUACAACUCUGAAAUUUUUUAGUAAAUUGAGAUAGAAGUUAGUUCUUGUUCUGGUAAUAGCUGCGCAGAUCCAGCCUAUAUUAAUAAAAAACUAAAUAAUUGUUACUUUUAAGUUUAUUUUAUAGAUAAAAAUGUGAAAACAACUGAUCUAAAUAACCCUUUUGAUCCUAUAGGUAGGUCUGUAUUCUAUAUAGCUGGAACUGGUUUUUCAAAGACAAUCAAUUUAUAUUUCGCUCAAAACAGCAUAUCCACUGACACAGGAAUAGUUAUGGAAGAUACUCAAGAAGAAACUGAUUUAACUUUUAGCUCAGAUAGAGAAUAAGUAGUUUCUAAAAAUGGUAAUAGAUUGUUUUUGCUUCAGAUGUCUCUAGAUCCAAAUAAAUAAAUUAAUUACACUAGAAAAUAUUUAACCAUUUCUUAAGGAUUGUCAUAGAUAGGUGGUAUCUAUAAUAUUUUGUUUGCUAUUGGGUGCUUUAUAUGCAGGCCAUAUGCUUAGUUAUAAUAUAAGCGCAAUCUGAUGAAUAAAGUGUUUGGCUUCGAGUAUUCUGAUUUUGAAUAAUAAAAAUAAUAAAACAAGGAAGAUGAAGAAGAAAACAAUAAGAAUAAUAAAGAUCAUUUAGAAAUACUAGAGUAAAGAGGUAUAUAUACUAAUUAUGAAAAGGAUUCAAUUUAAGAGGGUUCAAAAGAAAAGGAAUAGCAAUCAAAAGACUUCGAAGAGUAACAUAUAAAUCACUAUGAACAAAAAACAAUAUAAAAUUCUACUAGAGCUAGACAAAAAUCAUUAAAUUUUACUGAAAGAUCAUCUCGACUUUCUGUUACUUAAAAAUAGAAAGAAAAUGAGAGAGAUUUGAAAAGAUUCUUUAAAUAAACAUUUGAAUAAUUGAGGAUUAAGUCUUAUGAUUACUUUAGUUACUAUUUAUCUUUUUUCACAUGCAGAAGAUAAUAGAGAUCUGAAGUUAUUGAUUAUGGAUUACAAAAACUGUAUAAUCAUCUUGACAUUGUCUACAUUCUCAAUAAAUUGAUAGAAUUCGAAAAACUAAAAAAGCUUUUAUUAAAUGAGAAUCAAUUGAGAUUAUUCGAUUAUAUUCCUAAGCCUAUCAUCAAAGUGAACAAAAACACAAAUCAAAUAAUUUAAACUGACUAGAAUGACUCUAGCAACGCAGGAAUAUUUUACGAAGAUAAAAGGACUUUAAUUUAAAAGGCGGAAGAUGCCCAAGAAGCUUAUAACAACAUAAUAAAUUAGAGCCAGUAGAAUUCAGAACUCAAUCAAAAGUUGAUUAAUCUCCUUCAUCCUAAAUUAAUUGAAUUAUUUAAGUUACAAUCUUUUGAUAAAUCUGAUUGGUUAAGAGAUAGAUCACCUUCGUGCAGAUAAAAAAAAAAUUAGUUUGCUAUAUAGAUUCCCUUUUUAUCACCAACAAGCAACGAUACUGAAAGACAUUUUUUCUAAUAAACACAAAGACCUAAAAAUGAAUAUUAGUAGGUUUUAAAUACUCAAUAACCUGGGUAAGCUUCAAUAAAAGACAUUUAAACUAUAACACAUUGCUAGCAAGAUAGUGAUGAUCUAAAUCCUGCUUAAACAUUUAGCGAGUAUGAAGUUUGCUAAAAACCAGUUAGAGAUACUUAUAGUAAGUACCUUAGAAAUUAAAAAAAUAUGAAUUAGAAUAAUAUAAUGCUAAAUUUAAAUGAAAAUAAGUGA